AUUUAGACUUUAGUAUUGCACUUCAGUAUUGUGCUUUUGACGGCGACCGCUCUCAUCCGCUAUCAUCCUGGAGGUCAAGUUGCCUUCCCUUCGUGGACGAUCUGUAUUCUACGCGGUACAAAUACGUAUUGUUAGUUGGCUGGUUGGUGAUUUGAAUUCUGGAAUACUGCGGACCAAGACUCACGCAAAAUGGCUCCGUACAAGUCGUUUGGGCCCAUAAGAAGAUCGCAUGUGGCAAAUACCCGACCGUUCGAUUUUCUUUACGAUCCAACGAAUCAUUCCAGCAGUCUUAAGACGCACUACCACAAUGCUGCAAAAGCGCGUUCGCAACCCAACGAUUUGCAAUACGUGGCCAUUUAUCCACAUAUAUUCUCCGGGCUCCCGCGUACUCAGCGCGGACACUUUGAGUUCAAAGAUGGUGCCCGAUAUCCCUAUCACAUGGACUUCGGUUAUCCAAAACCACUGGGAAAAAAUGCCACCAGCUUAGCAGCGACUGUGCGUGGGCGUGAUCGCUGGGAAACUUAUACACGCCCCAACAUUCCUCACUUUGAUGGGGACAUCCAGUAUUUAGAUUACAACUAUCCAUUGUCCCGAGAAGUCAAAGAUCAUGCGCAGUUGUCAACAAAUGCCGCCACAGACGGACUGAAUUUCCAAGCCCAAAAUUCGCGGCACAUCGCUUGUCAAACGGACUACCGCGCCCAGUCUGCUCAGACCGACCCAGCGGAACUGGGCACCAAAAUGAAGGAAGUCUAUCAUUACUUUGAUACAGUGUAUCCGAAAAACUAUAAGCCGUUUACCAACAAGACAAUGAACCUUGUCAAACGAGGACUGCGGCGAAAAGAGAUGCAGAAGCUGUUUAAAGGUAGCGGUCAAUACGAUGCACCCGAAGAACAAAUGAAACAGUUCGAACGACUGGAGCAUGAAAAAUGGGAAUAUCUUGGGAAAGAGAUGCAAGAGCAUAUGGAGGACAAGAAGGAGGCCUUUAUAGAGACUAUCCAGCAAAGCCAACAGUAUUUGGCACAAAGGAUCGACGAAGCGAAGCAGUCAUUGGAAUCCAAUCAGCAGCAGCGGUUUGAUGCCGAAAUGUCCGUUAUUUGGUACGAUGUUCAUAUCUGGCGAAGAUACUACAACUGGAAACACCGAUUCAUGGAGCGCACGAUCUACAAAUGGCAGACCAACCCAGCCGAUGUGGAUUUGAUGAAGCAAGCUUCAGAAGCGUUUGGUCAUGAUGCCCGACGCUACUUUCCAAAAGCCAAUCAGGGGGACAUUGUGACAAAUUUAACCUGGGACAACAAGCCAGAUUACUACAUGGAUACCUGGCAGGGCUUCUCAGAAGUUCUGAAAGACAUGGAUCCUUCUAACAUCCGCGCUGAUAUCUAUCUUCCAAGAAAGGAUAACAUUUACGGACCCAAAGGUUAUGUGAAGAGGAAGUUUAAGGAAGCGGCAAGGUUCGAAGCGAUAUCAUUUGAUCUAGCUGGGGGAAGUCUGGAUGACUCUAAUGUUGACCUGAUCGACAAGAAGAAAAAACGUAAGCCCCCAGCUUUACUUCGCCCAAAAGCCGUUCCCGAAAAACCACGCCCCAUGUUGUCCGUGCCGCCUUUGGAUGUUGACCAGAUUGAGACGUUCCGAGCCGCUGUAAUUAUACAGAAGCUGGUCAAAGGCAGAACUAUGCAGAAAAUGAUACAAACCGGAAUACGACUACGAAAGGCUUUAAUCGACGAAGUGCGCGGCAACGUAGCCCUGACCGACCGCGCCAAGAUCGAGAUGAAACAACGCUACGAAGAAAUGCAGGAGCGGGGCCGUGCCAUUAUGUUCCAUCGCUACAGAAUGCACUUUAUUGAAAGUUUCUUGUCAUCACUGGAAGCGCAAAUUGGCACAGAAGUUUUGAGAGAAAAACACUACGAGCUGGUACGGCAGUUGGAGUUCAAUGCCGUCGAUCGGUGGAAACGUUUCGCGGAAACUCAGCGGCGAAUGCGAGAGUCCCACGAAGCUGGACGAAGGCAACAGGAUUACCGACGAUACAUGGAACAGGAAGCCACAGUUCAAUUGUUCCAACAAAACCAUCAUAUACCGGCCGAAAGAGCAGUGUUAAGUGCUGUACACCGUGCUGAACAACAUUUAGCCAAGGAAACCUUUAUUAAUAAACAGAAAUCCACUUGGGAAAAUAUUGUCAGCGCAGAAGCGCAUUUCACAAGAGCGAUGACUCAACAGGAGAAGGAAACCUUUAUUGCUUCCAUGGUUUACAGCGUUCUCAUACCCGAUGUUCACCGCCGUAUUUUACGAGAACAUCAGAACUUGGCCAUGGAAAGCCGACGGAUGUCUAUCCAUGAUACGUUGUUCGGAGCCAUGUCGCAACUGACAACGACUAUGCAACGCCAGUCGACAGAAACGCCAACCACGGAAACACCGAAAGAUGCGAAAUACCGUCUCCAACAUCCAAAAAUCUUGCCAACUAUCACUCCUCCGAUUCACCGUCUCGAUAGGCACGGUAGAGCGUACCAGACGUACAUCAAACGACGUCUGGGGAUGAUGCGUGCAAUGGAUGUCGAGUAUAAUUUCGCCCAUGGUGUGGAAAUAUUCCAUCCUUUGACGGAUUAUUUCCGAGCGAAAUAUCCUCGCGACCUGCGCAAACGCCAAUGCCAAGUUGGGUUGCAAAGGCUGCAACAUGCCGUCAAUAUCAUUGUGGAAAAGCAAGCGCGCAGUUCAGGACUCAGAAGGAAGAGAAUUCUGCGGAGGAAGCGACCUCGCUACCACCACCGAUUCGAUCGAAUAGACAGAGCGCGUUUAAUGGAAAUUGCCGACGAUCCUAAUCCGCAGCUAAACGACACACAGCAAGCAGUCAUCGAAGAAAUGUUUGCAGAAGAAGCUCCAGAACUGAGUGAAUCGCAACAAGAGUGCGUUGCUCAAGAGAAGCGCAAAAACGCACGUGAGAAAGCAUCGGCACUGGUGGACCAGACGAACGACUGGUUGCAGGAGCAGGUCGACAUCUAUCGCCAAAAUCAAGUUCGCCCUUACGAUCUUCCGCCCCUGAGGUCGACGUUGCCGCAACCACCGGUGCAUAUCGAAGGCAACACCGUAUCGCUGUAUGACGUGGAUAUGGUCAGCAAACUGUCGGCUGUGACCUUAACGGCGCACACUACUGGAGAAAAGGAAAAUGAUCGGGAUGAUGUGGUGACACUCAAGGAAAUUAAUGUGGACGAGUUUAUUCCCAAGGAUCCAGCUGAGGAUGAACAUGUUCGAGCGCGAAUCAUCCAAGCUAAAUUAAACCACUGAUUCGAAAUACCUAUUUUAAGUUAACGUCUUUCGCACAGCGUCGUUGAAAAAAGUGUAUGCUUAUAACAGUAUGGUCAAACGACACAAUGCUUACGGUCAGGCAAUACACUGCGGUACAAUGAUUUCGAACCAUUUCUACGAAACGCAAGCGAGCGAAGCAAGCUUGCUUGACUAUCCCGUCCCAGUAUUGUCACCAUCGAAUACCUUGUGUUAGGAGCGUGGCUCUGUUCGUUAGGUUGCCGGCUGUACGGAGAAUAUCUUACGAUAUUCUGCUGUACGCCGAUAGCCUAGUGGUGCCUCUCUCGGCCUUAGAGUACAGAGGACGCGGGUUCGAUUCCCGCAAUCGGCAGAUUUUUUGCGAGUUAUGUAGUCAGCAGCGGCCAGUCUGGCACUUGGUAUAAAGUCGCGCAAAAAUUGUUACUCGUUAGUAUCAU